CUGUUCAAAACAGACAGGGAUGUUACUUCAUGUGGAGUGUCACACUCUAAUUCAUCCCCUCCAGUAUUUAGGAAAGGUUCCAGUAGCAGACUGUCAUCUGGGCCCGCGUGAUUGGCUAUUCCUAGAGGACUGUAUGAGCGGGCUUCUGCAUACAGGUUGAGCUAGUAUCCAAUCUUUUCUUGGAUUUGCAGAAGAUUUAAGACAUCAAAAAUGUCAGCUGCUGAGGCCUUCGUCACCCUGGCCACCACAGAGUCCUACUGCAUGGGAGCCACAGUGGUGGCCAGGAGUUUACGGCGGCACGGGACAACUCGCAGGAUUGUUGUCAUGGUAACACCAAACAUCUCACAAUCAUCAAGACUUGGCCUUAAGAGCGUAUUUGAUGAGGUCAUUGAGGUUGAUGUGAUGGACAGUGGGGAUCGCCUACACCUGGCCCUGCUGGGACGUCCUGAGCUCGGUGUCACCUUCACUAAGAUCCACUGCUGGACUCUGACCCAGUACAGCAAGUGUGUCUUUCUGGAUGCUGACACACUGGCUCUGUGUAAUGUGGAUGAACUGUUUGAGAGAGACGAGCUGUCAGCGGCUCCUGAUCCCGGGUGGCCAGACUGCUUCAACUCAGGCGUGUUUGUCUUCAGACCGUCCCUCCGCACCCACACCAGGCUCCUGGAUCACGCCCUGCAGCACGGCAGCUUUGAUGGAGGGGACCAGGGCCUGCUCAACUCUUUCUUCAGCAGCUGGCCGGUGGAGGACAUCAGUAAACACCUGCCAUUUGUCUACAACCUCAGUGCCAGCUCCAUCUACAGCUACCUCCCUGCUUUCCAACAGUUUGGCCACGAGGCAAAGAUCGUCCAUUUCCUAGGAGCAGUGAAACCCUGGAACUCCAGCAGCCAGAGAGAUGACAGCUCAUCACACACCAUGGAGCAGUUUAUGACUCUGUGGUGGAGGGAAUACCUCAAUCCUGCUACAUCAUCUGCACCAGGGAAACAACCCACUGAAGGCCAGGACCAACCACAACAGAUCCAAGAACAAGAAGCCAAGAUGCCAUUUAGAGAAAAAAUGGACUGCGCCAAUUCACUGCUCGUACAUUUUUCACCCCCAACUGAGAGGCUUCAUCCUCCAUCUGAAACACAGAUGUGUACCCACACAGAGUCUGAGGAAGAACCAAGCUCAUCUGACAAGACAGAGAUCCAGGACACAUCUUUGGGUGCACAGGGCUUGGAGGGAGGUGAUAGUGCCGCAGACGCUGAUGAACACACUAGGGCUGCAGACAGAGAGAGAGAGAGGCUGGAGCAUCGCAGGCAGUGGGAGGCUGGACACGCCGACUAUCUAGGCAGAGACGCCUUCCAGAACAUCCAGAGGAUGCUGGACCGCUUCCUGGAUUAGAAGACUGCAUAUCAGAACACCUCUGUGUCUAGACCGGUGUACCACUCCUGCCUAUCUUCAUGAGGACUGAAACCAACACACAGACUGCACCAAAUUUCACUAAGAUUGUUUUCAUUUUCUACAAACAUAAUUACAUAAAAAGAUUCUUUUUGACACACAUAUCUUGUGCCACUGUUCAGUAAACUCUGAGCUUAGUAUCAAAACACUUGAAAACCAUGAAAUGGAAAAAGAUGACCAUGAAAGUGAUUUUACAGAGCUGUAGUUUUGUUUUUGUCAAGUGUAAUUUUAAUUAACCGGCCAUCGUCCCAUUGACGAUG